GAUAGAUAGAAUCGGUUUCGGAGAUGCCUCGUUGACCUCCAGCGGGGGUUCGAGGAAAGCAGGCUGGCCGGAACGCUCAGCUCACAGCGUUGCCAGCGCGGAGAAAGAGGGGCCGAAUAGGCAGAGGAGCUAAGGGCAGCGAGCGACGAGGAGCUUGGGGGACUCCCUCGCAGUCUGUUCCCUCGCUUUCGCUUUCACUCCCGAGCUGGGCGCAGAGGAAGCGCUUAGAAGAGCGGCGGCCUCACAGGUGAGCUAUGAACAGCUAGAGGGGCUGGUGCAGUCGAUUUCUGUCCUGCAGCUGAGCAAGCAGAGGUACCAGCUCUCCCGGACUGGAAAAGAGACCAACAGUUGGCGGUUAUUAAAGGAAAGAGCGAAGCGUAACAGCAUACGCAACCCACUGCGCAUGCUCAGAGUGGCCCCGGCGGCUGCGCCUUCCCUGCAAGGCCGGAUCCCCUCGCUCUCUUCAGACUUUGCAUCCAAGAAUAUCAUAACCAUCUGAAUAACCUGACAUGCUGCUGUUUUGAGAUCAGACUUUCGCUUUGAAGAUGGUGAAAAUAUUCUUAUUGCUAGGUAUUUUAAAUCUUGCUAUUCCGUUGAGCUGUGAUCACCAUAAUGAGACAGGCUAUUCAAGCAAACCAUUUCCUUGGAAUAAAAUGAGGCUUCCCAAACAUGUUGUUCCAGUUCAUUAUGACCUUCUUAUUCAUCCAAACCUGACCACUCUUACCUUUACUGGAUUUGCCAAAAUAGAGAUUUCAGUACUUCAACAAACCAGUUCAAUCAUCCUGCACAGCAAAUAUCUCCACAUUUCCAAAGCUGCCAUUCAAGGAGAAAUGGAAGGUAUUAAUACUAAGCAAGGAGUGACAGUUUCAGAAUACCCACCAUUUGAACAGAUUGCACUUCUUACUGGUGAAGCACUGCAGGCUGGAAACAACUAUUUUAUUAUUAUUGAAUAUUUUGCUAAUUUGUCAGACAAUUUCCAUGGCUUCUAUAAAAGUACAUACAGAACUCCAGAAGGAGAAGAAAGGGUGCUUGCAUUAACACAAUUUGAACCAACAGCUGCACGAAUGGCCUUCCCUUGCUUUGAUGAACCAGCAUUCAAAGCUAGAUUUUCUGUUAAGAUCAGAAGAGAACAGAAACAUCAUGGACUAUCUAACAUGCCUUUAGUGAAAUCGAUAAAUAUAAUGGAAUGGCUCAUUGAAGACCACUUUGAGAUGAGUGUAAAAAUGAGCACCUAUCUGGUAGCCUUCAUGGUUUCAGAUUUCAAAUCAAUCACAAAGAUGACCUCUCGGGGAAUUAAGGUUUCAAUAUAUACUGUGCCAUACAAGAUCAAUCAAGCAUACUAUGCCUUGGAUUCAGCCGUAAAACUACUAGACUUCUAUGAGGGAUAUUUUAGCAUUCCAUAUCCUUUGCCUAAACAAGACUUAGCAGCUAUUCCUGAUUUUCAGUCUGGAGCAAUGGAGAACUGGGGAUUGACUACAUACAGGGAAAGCUCCUUGUUAUAUGAUCCCGAAAAGUCGUCAGCAUCAUCUAGACUUGGGAUUACUAUGGUUAUAGCCCAUGAACUUGCUCAUCAGUGGUUUGGAAACCUGGUCACCAUGGAAUGGUGGAAUGAUCUUUGGCUGAAUGAAGGCUUUGCAAAAUUCAUGGAAUAUGUGUCGGUAAACAUUACCCAUCCAGAGUUGGGAGUUGAAGAUUAUUUUUUAGAUAAAUAUUUUAAUGCCAUGGAGGUGGAUGCAUUAAAUUCCUCACACCCUAUAUCUACUGCUGUUGAAGAUCCAGCUCAGAUUCUAGAAAUGUUUGAUGAGGUAUCCUAUGAUAAGGGAUCUUGCAUUCUCAGUAUGCUAAGGGAAUAUCUUGGCUCAACGGUGUUUGAAGCAGGCAUUGUAAAAUAUUUGCUGCGAUUUAGCUAUCAGAAUACACAAAGUGAAGAUCUGUGGAAUAGCCUGUCAGAAAUUUGCCCUGCAGGUAGUGCUGAUGAAAGUCAAGCUGAAGAUGGGGUUUGUGCCAGAAGCCAGGAGGCAAUCUCAAGUUCACACUGGACCAAGAGUGCACUCCAUGAUGUGAAGACGAUGAUGAACACUUGGACACUACAAAAAGGGUUUCCAUUAGUAACUGUGACAGUGAGAGGGAAAAACAUCCAUCUCCAGCAAGAACACUAUAUGAAGGGCUCUCAUCUUUCCUCACCAACAGGGUACCUGUGGCACAUUCCACUAACGUACAUUACCAGUAAAUCUGACAUAGUUCAAAGGUUUUUGCUGAGAACCAAAACAGAUAGCUUCAUCCUCCCAGAAGAGGUGGAAUGGAUAAAAUUCAACGUCGGAAUGAAUGGUUAUUAUAUUGUGCACUAUGGAGAUGAUGGAUGGGAUGCACUGAUCAGCCUUUUAAAAGAAAACCAUAAUGCAAUUAGCAGCAAUGACAGAGCCAGCCUUAUCAACAGUGUAUUCCAGCUGGUGAGUGCUGAAAAGUUGUGCAUCACCAAAGCUCUUGAUUUAACUUUAUAUCUACAACAUGAAUCUAAAGUUAAUCCUGUAUCACAAGGACUGAGUGAACUGGUUCCCAUAUACAAGCUGCUGGAGAAGAGGGACAUGAGUGACACAGCAGAUCAACUAAAGGGAUAUUUAGUCAAUCUUUUUAAAAACAUAAUUGACAAACAAUCUUGGACUGAUGAGGGCUCAAUGGCUGAACGAAUACUUCGCAGUACCCUUCUCACAUUUGCUUGUGUGCGGAAGUACCAGCCAUGUGUGGACAAAGCAAUGGAAUAUUUUAUGAAGUGGAAGGACUCUGAUGGAACUCUACAUUUGCCCAGUGAUAUUAAACUGGCAGUAUAUGCUGUUGGAGCGCAGACGGACGAAGGUUGGGAUUUCCUUUUUAGCAAAUACCAACUACCAAAGUUCAACACUGAAAAAGGCCAGAUUGAAGUUGUCCUUACCCUGAGUUGCAAUAAGGAAAAGCUCCAGUGGAUAAUGGAUCAAGCUUUGCAAGGUGACACUAUAAAGACUCAAGAUCUUCCACACAUAGUUGUGUCUGUUGGAAGAAAUCCUGAUGGUUAUCAAUUGGCUUGGAAGUUUUUGAAGGAGAACUGGCCAAAACUUGUACAAAAGUUUGAACUUGGCUCUCAUUCUCUUGCAAACAUGAUUACUGGAGUGACAAAUAAGUAUUCCACAAAGGGACAGCUUGAGGAGGUUAAAGACUUCUUCAGCGCUCUUGACAAAAAAAGCUCACAGCUCCGUUCUGUUGAACAAGCAAUAGAAACCAUUGAAGAAAAUAUCCAGUGGAUGCAUAAAAACCUUGAAAAAAUCCAAAAGUGGUUACAGACUAAUAGUAAAGUGUGAAAUUGUGUGAACCACCAUUUCUGAAAAACAACUAUUUUGCACCGGAAGACUGCUCCUUUGCCUUAAAAGGGAAAAGAAAAACCCACAUCAUGUAACUGCAGUCAAACAAAGAACACUGAGAAUAAAUAUCAGAAAUUAAAAAAUAGCCAGUCUGUAACAAAAAUUUUAAAUAUGAAUAUUUAUCAAGAACAAUUGAACUGAAUGAAAGGCAUUUUGAUUUCUGGCCAAUAUACAAUCAGAGGGCCAAGCUACAAGUGACAAAUGACACUUGAAUGGCAAGUGUAUUUCUCCCUGUUCACUUGCCCUCCACUCAAUCCACUUGCCAGGCAAGUGUCUUUCGUCAUGUGUAGCUUGGCCCCUAGUUAGAUCUCCCAAUAUUUUUCUUUUUCUCUUUAACUUCUCCAUGUACUACUUCCUCAAUCUCCCUCAGCUGCUAUUCAGCUCAGAGGGAACAACAUCAGGCAGGCCUGUCACAGAUUUGCCAUGUAUAACACAGUCUGGCACUUGGGACAAAUUUAUACAUGUAUCGGAAUUAUGCCACAGCUACAAAACAAAAGGUGAUUUGCUCUCACAGUUUAAAUACCUAGAGACCAAGCUGUUGUAUCACCUAACAUUGCCUCAAGAAAUGUGUGUACCACAUUUCUUAACAGUCUUGGAAUUGUUUUCAUAUCUCUUUAUUUUCCUCAGAUAAUUUGACUACUGAUGUGAUCAAGCUCAGCCAUUUUGAUUUAACUUUUAGUAAGGUACAUAUUUUUUUAAAAGGUUAUAUGCUGUUAUAAUGUCAUAAGUUCUUGUACAAAGAUGGUCAGAGUAUGCAGCUCUUAUAUACAAUGAAGUAACAAAUAUUGGCUUUAAAAUUCAGUAGAAGCUGGCACGUACAAGCUUGAGAAUUUACAUGGCCAACUUCUAAACAUGCCACAAAAGCACUCUUAGAGAAGUGUGUUGCAACUUUUGGGCCUCAAAUUCAUGACUUUUAUUUUGUGACCCUUUAAAACUAUGGUGUGUGUACAUCAGUACCUGCUGGUUCAGAACUAUGUAGUCCCUUGUACUCCCAGAUUCUCCCACUUCUUCUCUUAAUUGUUCUCCCUGUUUUCAAAUAAUUUCAGAGUAUGCACAGCAGCUUCACAAAUUGCCCAUGUUAGUAGUGGCAGAGGUGAUGUAAAACAGGUCAGAACAGAGAAUAAGUUCUUCUAUGUGUCUUUUCCCCCCCCCCAAUAUCUCUUUACUUACGGACAGUCAGAACUCCCAGAACAGCUUCAGCCUCAUGCAGUGAUCCCAUGACUAGUCUAACCACAUAGUGUAAAUUUUGACAUUGCUAAUAAUAAAUGUCCUACCUUUUUGGAA